GCCUGUUCAGUCAUUUUCAGACUUGGAUUCUCGUGGGCUGCUUUUAAACUUCGUUCAAGAGGUAGAUUGCCUUCGUUUUCCCUAAAAGAUGAAUUAUAUUUCUGUCACAUUGUUAGCGUGCAUACUACCACUAGCGUAUGCAGGUAAAGUGUUGGUAUUUCCAGUAGAUGGAAGUCACUGGGUGAACAUGAAGAUCCUUAUUGAAGAAUUACACACAAGGGGCCACAAUGUUACUGUGCUGAGAGCUUCUAACAGCUGGCAUAUCAAGGAAACAUCUCCUUUUUACAUCUCCAUUACUGUUUAUGACGACGGUGGUAUUGAAGCAUUAGUCGACACGUUUACAAGACAGAUUCUGGUCAACAGACGAGAGAAAUUGUCUUUCUGGGCUCAUCUCAUGCUGAUAUCGAAGUCUGGAAAGGCCAUUGAAGAGAUGCAUCAAAAUCAACUUGCUAUGAUGGGAGAAAUAUUUGAAAAUAAAACCUUAAUGGAUUUAAUCCUAGACGCAAAGUAUGACCUUGUUCUGACAGAUCCUGCUUUUGGAAGUGGCGUGUUCCUGGCUCACCGCCUUGGCCUGCCGCUUGUUUUAAACGCACGUUGGACCAUGCACGGAGAGGCACACUUUGAAAUCGCCCCUUCGCCCCUUUCUUACGUCCCUAUACCAGGAAUGGAGCUUACAGAUAAAAUGACUUUUGGUCAGAGAGUGCUGAAUGUAAUGGGAUACAUUUUUCAGCAUAUUCAUAAAGCCAGGUUUGUCUACCCACAUUACCACUCCUUCUGCACCAAAUACUUCGGCGAUGAAAUUCAGUACGUUUCCCUCCUUCAAAAUGCAGACAUCUGGCUCAUGAGAAAUGACUUUAUCUUUGAGUUUCCACGUCCCACAAUGCCAAAUAUCGUCUAUAUGGGUGCCUUCCAGUGCAAACCCGCUAAACCACUUCCAGGUGAUCUUCAAGAAUUUGUGCAAAACUCACAAGAGCAUGGUCUCAUUGUUAUGUCUCUAGGGACUUUAUUUAGAUAUCUCCCACAGGACAUCACAGAGGAAAUUGCUGCAGCUUUUGCAAAGUUGCCCCAAAAAGUUAUUUGGAGACACACCGGACCCCGACCUGCCAAUAUUGGUAAUAAUACAUUACUUGUCGAUUGGCUACCACAGAAUGAUCUACUCGGACAUCCCCACACUAAAGUUUUUAUAACACAUGGAGGCACAAAUGGAAUUCAAGAGGCCAUCUAUCAUGGGGUGCCCAUUUUGGGUCUGCCUUUAGUAUUUGAUCAACCUGACAAUCUGUCAAGAAUGAAGGUGAAAGGCACAGCUAAAAUUGUGGAUGUUGCUGAGUUGGACAGGACUUCUUUUUCACAGGCAUUGGAAGAAGUGCUGUAUAACACAUCAUAUAGACAGAAUAUGGGGAGACUGUCCAGGUUGCACCAUGAUCAGCCAAUGAAACCUCUUGAUCGUGCCGUUUUCUGGAUUGAGUUUGUUAUGAGGAACGGAGGAGCACCUCAUUUACGAACACAGUCUUUCAGAAUGUCCUGGAUCGCUUACCACUCUCUAGACGUUAUUUUCACACUUCUAAUAAUAUCUGCAAUGUUUUGUUUUUUGAUUUACCUUCUCAUAAGAUAUCUAUGCUUAAAAAUUGUAUUUAAAAAGAAAAUUAAAUCGGAUUGAUUAAUGGGUGACACAAUAUCUCAACUUUAUUUUUAUAGUCAUUACAUUAAGGUUACAUUAUAAGAUACUUCAUAGCUUUAGCUUAUGAGAAAAUGUCUGAAUUACAACCGUAACUCAUAUGUAUAUACAUUUACAUUUAGUCAUUUAGCAGACGCUUUUAUCCAAAGCGACUUACAGAGGGUUCAGGGAGCAAGAAAGCGAUAUGUCAUACAGAAGCAAUAAUACAAUAGAUGCUAAUACAAAGUUACUAGUUUCAACAAAAGCCAGAACAAUACCUGUUAAGAGAGAGGGUUAGUGUUUUUUUACAGUACAUAGAGUUUUAUAUCUGAAUCUCUACAUGGCAUUUAAUAGAUUAUAAUAACAAUAUUUGCUGUGCACUGCAGUCAUUGCCUUAACUUUUCUUGUGAAAUGUGUACAUUCCUGCAUUUGUACCCCCUACAAAAGUUGCAUUGCAUUUUUAUUAGUAUGUGCAUUAGAUGAAUCUGUGACCUUGGUACAGCUAGGGCCAUGCUUUACUGCUCAAAGCUUUAAAAUGUUCAUCAUAUAUAACUGGAUGAUUUGUUCUGAAAAAUAAAAAUGAACAAAUAAACAAAAAACAAAAAAACACUAUGCAUUAUGCAAAAAUAUCCAAUCACAUCAUCAUUGUCCGUUGUCUUUAAUGCUUACAUUAAUGGGAGAUGUGUAAAGUCUUAUUUUACAUUUACCGCAAAAGAUAAAGAUUAUAAAAACUAAAAAUAAAUAUUAGCUAUGGCUCAAAUUAUCUGCAAACAAAAAAAUGUUUGAAUGGAGUUUGUAAAUUUGGGCUUUACUGCACAAAAGAUUGUUUAAGGAAUACACAGUGUUGCCUUGCAGGCACUGUUUUUAUAUUUGGUCAGCUGUAUUUUGGGGUGACUCAUUUUAAAAAUGUAGUGCUUCUUGUUCUUAACCUUGUCUGAAGGACACAUGCGAGAAAGAGUGUAAAUGAUAUGCAAGUUGCUGUUUUAAUAGCUGAUGGGAAGAAAAUACUGUUUCAACACCAGAGAUGCAUCACCAGGCAUUUAUCAGUAGGCUAUAACUGAACUUGUAUUAAAGGGGUCAUAUGGUUGCGAAUACGUGUUUUUCUGUGUCUUUGGUGUUUUAUAAGUUGCCCAUGCAUUUAUUAGAAACGUAAAAUUACAAAAAUUUAAGUGUCGGAACAAAAGAUGCAUUCUAUCUAAAAGCGAAUGCUCACCCAGACCUGUCUGAAAUGCCUCGUGUAACCACACCCCCACAAAUCUACGUCAGUUCGUGCUAUGAUUUGACUAAGACCGCCCAAAUGUAUACGCAAGUAAGGUGGGCGUACCUGUCAGUACAAUUACUUUGAAACCUGAUGUUCCAAAUAUGGUAAGGGGCGUUUCCGUCACACGCUUGCAGUAUUCGACCAAUCACUAUGCACUGGUUAACUGGCCAAUCAUAGCACACCUCGCUUUUCAGAGCGAUGAGCUUUGUAAAGAAUCUGCGCGUUUCAGAGAGGUGGGGCAAAGAGGAGAUACAAACAUGCACGGUAUGUGGAAAAUACAGCAUUUUUUAACCUUAAAUCGUGUAUACACAUUGCAUUACAUCUAAAACAAACGAUAAUAUUUGUUUUAGCCAUGUCAUAUGACCCCUUUAAAGUGAUACUUCACCCAAAAAUGAAAAUUCUGUCAUCAUUUACUCACCUUCGAGUUGUUCCAAAUGUGUAUAAAUUUCUUUGUUCUGAUGAACACUGAGAAAGAUAUUUGGGAUAAUGCUUAUAACCAAACAGAUAUAUAUAAUCAACCCCCAUUGACUCCCAUAGUAGGAAAAUUACUUUAUCUUUUUUUUUUGUUCUGUUGAACACAAAAGUAGACAUUUUGAAGAAUGUAUGACAGCAAACACUUCUGGGGCACUUUUGACAACCAUUGUUUUUCCAACUAUGGGAGUCAAUGGGGGUUGAGAUCUGUCUGGUUACAAGCAUCCAAAUAUCUUUCUCUGUGUUCA